AUGUUGUCGGCGGCGUACUCGGGGAGGGUGAGCUGGGCAUUGGUGAGGGAGGCGCGCACGACGUCGACCUCGGCGGCAAAGGAUCCUCCUAGCCGCCGCCGCUCCUCUGGUCUUUUCUUCCUUGGGAUCCUCCCAGAUCCCCAUCGGCCAACCACCACCGAUCCAACACUCCACCUCUCAAGAAGCGUCCUCAAACCCCAUGGAGCCAGGCCUCUUCCUGUCGUCUUCGACCUCAGGCGCCACCUCCUCCUCGUCGCGUUCGAGGAGACGAACGCCUCGCUAGCCUCAAAGCUUGCACCAGCGCCACUGCUCCUCCCUUCUGCUCGUGUUCGAGGGGCUUGCCUCGGGUGCUGCCGCGAGAAGCAGCAGCCAUCGAAGGUCCCAGCACCCGCUCUUUUUUCUUCGCUCGUAGUACUAAGCCCGAACCUCCCGUCGCCAAACGCCACCAUGGCCAACCGCUGGAGCCCGACUGUAACCAAGCCACCAUGGGAGUUCCCUGCAAGCCGCCGCCUUCUCUGCGCAACACCUCCUCGGAGUUGAUCCUCGCCGCCACCCGAUCCGCACCCCGGCGUCCGCCCCGUUCCCGGAUCUGUCUCCCCGCGCCCAGUUCAUCGUCCCCGCACCCGUCGUCGCAGGAUCCGGUGGGCACAGGCCGGAGACAGCCCCCCGCUCGCGUCGCUAGCAUCUGCCUCCUCUGCUCCUGGUCGAGCGAGCGAGGGAACCGCGAGCGUUGACCUCCACCCUGCGCGAGCCGGCCCAGCCGCUCCCCUGCGCCGCUCCCCUGUGCCACGCCAAGGCCCAGCCGUCCCAUCUUUUCCUCUGGGCCCAAAGUGAGCAAGCCCCUUGUGCACUGUUGGUCCAGUCUUGUUUCGGCUUGUUUCUGUUUUUUUAGUUAUGCGAAUUUGUCUUAUUUCCACAGGAUAGCAGUUUUGUAGAAAACCCCCUGCUAUUCAUGCAUAUAAUAACUCUCAAAAUGUGCAUCGGUUUAAAAUAAAUUAUGUAUGAAACUUGCUUAGAAUUUUGUCUAGAUUCAUAAUAUCCAACUUUCAUCUAUGUUUGAAAUGUUUAAAA